GGCUUCCCCUCGCGGCUGGCCAGCCUGCCUCUCCCCCUUGUGCGCAGCCAUGGAGGCGGACGGCAGCCAGGCCAUCUCCGGCAGCCCCAACGACUCGCAGCACGACCCCGGCAAAAUGUUCAUCGGCGGCCUGAGCUGGCAGACCUCGCCAGAUAACCUUAGAGACUAUUUUAGCAAAUUCGGAGACAUUAGAGAAUGUAUGGUGAUGCGAGACCCAACUACAAAACGUUCCAGAGGCUUUGGUUUUGUUACAUUUGCAGAUCCGGCAAGUGUAGAUAAAGUAUUAGCUCAACCUCAUCAUGAAUUAGAUUCCAAGACGAUUGAUCCUAAAGUUGCAUUUCCCCGACGAGCUCAACCUAAGAUGGUCACGAGAACAAAGAAAAUAUUUGUAGGUGGAUUAUCUGCCAAUACAGUAGUGGAAGAUGUAAAGCAAUACUUUGAGCAGUUUGGCAAGGUGGAGGAUGCCAUGCUUAUGUUUGACAAGACCACCAACAGACACAGAGGUUUUGGCUUUGUAACUUUUGAGAAUGAAGAUGUGGUCGAAAAAGUCUGUGAAAUCCAUUUUCAUGAAAUCAAUAAUAAAAUGGUGGAAUGUAAGAAAGCACAACCUAAAGAAGUGAUGUUUCCACCAGGGACGAGAGGAAGGGCUCGAGGAUUACCAUAUACCAUGGAUGCUUUUAUGCUAGGGAUGGGAAUGUUGGGUUACCCAAAUUUUGUUGCGACCUAUGGCCGAGGAUACCCUGGAUUUGCCCCCAGUUACAGUUAUCAGUUCCCAGGUUUUCCAGCAGCAGCCUAUGGACCAGUAGCGGCGGCAGCAGUGGCAGCAGCGAGAGGAUCAGGGAUCCCUGAUUACGGUUUCUAUUCUCCGCCCGGUGACCAACGGGCUCCGUUAUCGUACGCGGACUAUGGUUCCAUGGGGCCUCGGGUGGCUCAGAUGCUUCGCAGCGAGCACCCUGCUUCAGCGAGUAACUCCCCCCUCCACCACCUUCCCAGCCCGGAUCAAUUUAAGAGCCCAGUCUUGAAUAGCUACAGUGCUCAACCGAAUUUUGGCGCACCCGCUUCCCCGGCAGGCUCCAACCCAGCCCGGCCAGGAGGAUUUCCAGGGGCAAACAGCCCGGGGCCCGUCGCAGAUCUCUACGGUACAGCCAGUCAAGACUCCGGUGUUGGUAACUACAUAAGUGCUGCCAGCCCUCAGCCUGGCUCGGGCUUUGGGCACGGAAUUGCUAGUAUAUCUGGAUGUCCAGGCAAAACAGGGAGAAGUUUCUGAAUGGUCCCAAGUUUAGGUGAUCCAUCAUCAGACUUUGAACAUUACAUCAUCACCAAAUAACCAACCCAAACGGGAGGCGGCACUCAGCGGACUUGGCGGUCCACAUCUCUUAUCAUCUCAUGAAUCUGCUGUGCUAUACAGAAGAACAGCUUUUUAAAAAAUGUGUAUAUAUAAUCCAUUUGUUCAUUUUAUUAUUUUCUUCUUGAUGGGUUCUUUUUUCCCUUUUAAAAUUAUUUUAAUCACUUUUUGUAGUAUUUUGACAUAGGCUUGUAGUCAUGUAGGUUACUUUGUGUAUUUAGGAAAAACCUAACCAUAAUAUAACUGUUUAUAUAUUAAGGGUUUCUUUGCUUUGCUUUUUAAUUUUUUUCCUUUUUUUCUGCCAUUUUAAGUAAUUUUGUUGCUUAAUAAGGAACCUGAGAUGGUAACACAAUUCUCAGUUAAUUGGUACCAAUUCUGAAGCUGAAAAAAGCCUUUUCAGGUGGAAUUUAGCACACACUGAACUUAGAAGUAGAGCAAACACAAGUGAGCAGAAAUAUUCUAUUUUAUGCUGUCUGGGGAAUGGGAGGCUGGCUCAGUAGCAGGGUCUCUAGCAGUUCUUUAUCUUAGUUAACCUAAUUAUAUCUAUUUUCGGCAAUAAGGUAAGGACAACAAAGUUUUUUGUGUCCUUUUUCUAUAAGUGCAUUUUUUUUGUUGAAAAAGAGGUGAUAUAAGGUUUUUUGAAAUUGUGAAUUCUGAAAAAAAUACUGUAAAUACAAUUCCAUUAACUUACGUAUGAAAUAUUAACAAAAGGAGAGAGAGAAAUGCAUAAUAUUUUUGUGAUGGAGUCAGACUUAGGCAGUUUCUGAACGGAAUGAAUAGAAAAUAAUAACGAUUUGGGGAGCAUAAUUCAGCAGGAACUGUCUCUUCUACGUUUCCUUUGAAAUGAAUGGAAGAGGUGCCCGUGUUGUGCCCACUCACUUGUGCUGGCACAUGCACAGGCAAAAGUUCGGAUGGGUUGUGCCCUGACAUUUUAAACAUUAAGAUCAACUGCCAGAGCUGGCCCAUAGCAGUUAGAUCAACACUGUUUCGCUUGCUCUGUAGAGGUUAGACCUUAUAACUGUUCUAGCGUCAUACCAGCAUAUUUAACUAGACACCUGUGCACAGCUUAACAAGUAACAGUCUAGUUACAUUUUAAUUUAAAAAAAAAUCUGCUUUUCCCGUGACUGAUAAAACUACAAUUUUAAUAUUUAAAAGGUAUUUAAAGUUUCAAGCACACUUGUUUUUAGCCAUUAUUUAGAUCACCUGACUGUCCUGCCAUUUCAGCUGCACCCCUCCCCCCUGCAGUGCACUGACCAAGACAAGAGUGGUCUUGGGUGCUCCCAAGCUGUGGAGGGGGGGGGCUUGUUAAAGCUUGCAUCCUCUCACCUUGUAUCCAUCCUUUCCUAUAUUCACAGAUUAGGGAAAGCAAAGGGUUUUUAAAAUUUUGUUCUUAAUACCUCAGUGCUACAAGUUAUCACCCUAGAUGCAAGAGAAGAUUUUAAUUUAUUGUAGAUGAGAACAGAAUGAAAAAAAAAUGUAUAAAACAUCAUUGCACUGUGACUGGUAGGGAGAACUGACAGUUUCCUAUUUGCACAUGUUUAAUGUUUGGCUGUUAUCUCUAUGGUCCUCUGCUGUGGAGGAGACUUAUGAAGGAUAUUUUUUAAUUUAAUUUUUUAAAAUAUGGGUCAAUAGGCCGGCAACAGCAACUUGUACAACACAGUAGGUGAUAUUACAAGCAUAACUAUAGUGUGGAUAUAUUCUUUUUUUUUAACAUUAAUAUUGACAAGUUUUAUUAAUAUUUUUUUAAAUUGUUACGUUUAUAAAUUUGGUACUCUAGGUACAGCCAGAAUAAGACACUGAAUGCGACAUUUGUUAAGAGAGAAAAAAAAUCGCUGCUGCACUCCUAUUUUUGUAAACUUUACUAACGAGUAGGCUAACAUAGGCAUCCAGUAGACAAUGUAGAGCAAGGCAUCCGUAACACUCACCGAAGGCACCAUAAUGCUAACUGAAGGGAGGGGGAACCUUCCUUUCCCUUGUUUUUAAAAUAAACAAAGCAAAUCAUUGGGAGGGUUGAUUAUCAUAUUAAUGUUUUAGGUUUUUAUUUUCGUAUUUCAAAACAACCAGGUUUAAAAACCAGAAUGCUGGACGCUUUUUAAAAUGUUGAGAUUUGAUCAAGUAAUACAUUAAAAGACAAAAAAAAAAAAAAAACCAGCAACAAAACCCCCAGUUCUUCAAUAUAAAUUAACUGCAAACAAAAAUUCUCUGAGAGACAGUGUGUAUUUUUUACAAAGCAGGGAAUUUAUUGACUACUCUUUAAUUAAGGUAGAUGACAUCACAAGUACCACCACCAGGAACUAGUCUGGCGGAAGCCCAAUUCCAAUGGCUGAGAGUCCCACCCAUCCCCCAGGCUCUGAAAGGCUCCCAUUCAUUUUAAUGGGGUUUCCAGGGGGGAAAGUUCUGGGGAAAUUUGUGCCUGUACUGUAUACUACCACGUGUUCCUCCUCCUCCUCCUCUUUCAUUCCCUGUCACCUCAUAGAAGAUUCUUUGUUGAUCAUUGUUGUAUGUUAAUAAUGUAUAAAAUGACUAUCUUGUAAGAGUACUGUCCUGAUGCAAGUGUAGUGACACCCCCCACCCCCGCCCUUCUCUUUUCUUCCUCUUCUAGUACAUAUUGGUAGUUGUAUCGUAAUUAAGGUUAAAUACAUAGAUGUAGUUAUUCAGAUUUAGGACCAGUAAGGAUAGAACUUUCUCUUAUUUAAGACAAAACAAUUGCUGAUAAUUUCAGGCAGGGUUUUUAAAAAUAAUAAUUUAAAUUUCGUUUGUUUGUUUGUUUUUCUUUCUGCUGAUCUCAUGUGGUUUCCACUAACCAAAGCUCUCACAACAUUUGACAGCAACUGCUGGCGACGCUCGUGCAGCAUCCUGUCGAUCCCCCGCCCGUCGACUCGUAUAAAGAGGGCGUGCCAUACUACCUUAAAUGCUAACGCUAGAUAUGCAAAACUGGGUUUUUUUAAUUUAUUUUUUAAAAUAAAAAAGAGGGAGGCAUGGUAUAAUAGAAUGAUUUUACAAAGAGAAAAAUAUUUUUUUAAAAAAAAGAGUGCUCAGAAGAAAAUUGCUAUCCUGUGUGAAUAUGUUUUAGAUGUUUCUAUACUUUUGGAAAAGCCCCAGCAGCCCCUAGGCCAACUCUGGUGGAACCUGGUCUGUUUCUGGAGUGGCUUCCUGGACGAAGGCUCAUUUUUGUUCCCUCACUCAUCUAGAAAUCCAUUUGGAAGGACUGAGAUUGGUUUCGUUUCGGAAAUCAAUUUUAGCAUGGAAGGCUCAGCUCUCUCUUGAUUUUAGUCAAGCCAGCAGGUCAAAGGCUUCAGACCAGCAUCUCAUUUUGUUCCAAACUUCCCCUUAUAAAUAUUGCCUUGGAGUUAGCAGAAAACCAAAACAGUUGAGCUGGAUGGUGCAAACAGGGAUUGACAAGCACCAUGGAUGUGGGGAGAGGUCUGUAGUAUCUAACCCCAGAUACUUUGCACGCCUCCAUGGAGAGCGCUGGGAACGCUGUUUUGUGAAACCCAGGUGUGCCAUGAAACGCGAUGGGAUCUUUCCCUCUUUGUUUCAUAGGAACUGGGAUUUCAGAUGGGCCUGAAAGCUUGGAACGGUCUUAGGCACACUUCUUUCUUGUUUGGUUUGUUUGCAGCUGACCUGAACAGGGCCAUAUUUUUUUCCCUGCAGGAGAAUGGAGUUUUCCCCCCUUAGUCUCCUGCUUGCUUAUCCUCCCAAAGGGAACACACACACACACAAAUCCAAUCUUAAGUCAAAAUUGACUUGAUUAAAAUGAAGAGCAACCUGUUCCUUUUGUUUUCUAUUCUGCAUAUUGUUCAUUUUAAUUUUAAUUUGUAGCUUGGACUUUAAGGUAGCAUGGCUCUGUGGCUGUUCAUUCUUCCCCUUGUACAGCAGUAGAUACACAAGCUGAUGAAUGUCAUACAUCACACUAGGCUAGUCAAAUCAUUGGGUAAUUGUUGGUAAUAAGAAGGACCUGAAAGGUGUACCAGCGUUUGUUUUCCUCUCUUCUCCACCUCAGCGCAGCUCUUUUGACCCCGAGUGUGAAUGAGGGCGAGUGCCUCCAACCACCACCACCAUCCUGUCUCAUUUGCCACCCAAUUCAAUGCAACACAAAGCAAGACUAAAGCAAUAUAGUUUACGACCUGUUUCUUGAAGGUCAGCCAUGGUUGUGUAUUAUAUAUUGCAUAUGAAAUUGUUUACAAAAACACUAACUACUUAUUUUUUACUCUGGGGUGUAUUUGUUUUGAAUGGUUUCCUUUUUGUUUUGUGUUUGGGUUGUUUCUUUGUAUUCUGAAAAGCAAAAUGGUUGGAAAAGCAAACUGAAGCUGGUCUAACUAUGUUUUGAGUGACGGGGGCCUUAGACACGCCGGCAGAUUCCCCCAAAUCUGCAUCAACACACUGUAGAGUUUCAUAAGUGUGCAGAAUCCAAUUCCAGUCCAUUUCUUUAUGUGUGCAAACACUACAUGGGAUUCUGCAAGCGAAGCAAUACUUUAAUACUGUAAUAAAAAUUACCAAAAACGUUAAAAAGGAGUUAAAAAUCAAAGUGAUCUGUUCACCAGUUACCAAACAAUCAGAAUGUAUUGUCUUGAUAGAAUUUUUGUCUCAGACAAAAAAAGAAAAACCGAAGUCCCCCAUGCCCUAUUAACUGUGUUCUGUACAUGCACCAACUCCACCACUUGUGUGGGACGUGUCAUUCUGAAUCCUCGCAGUCGCAAAGACUCCUCCCACUGUCUCUGUUGUACACGUUUUCUGAACUCCAUCGUAACCCAAUGCAAAGUUUCAGCGUUUCAGGUGGUUCUCAAUGUACUUACUCAACAAUGACACAGUGGCCAAGCCUAGCCCCUUUCCUUUUCUAUUUUAGUAUGAAACUGAUGCGAACUUUGGUAGUGACUUUUUAUAUACAUAUAUAAAUAUAUAUAUACAUACAUAUAUAUAUAUACGUGUAUCUAUAUAUAUCAAGCAUCUUUCAGGUCUCUGUGUAUGGCUUUCCGAAGCCCUGUUGUAAAAUACUACAUGGAUGGGGGUCUCUCACAUCACAGAUGUGGAAAGUAUAAUUUUAUAUUUGUAUUUUCAAAUAAAUAAGUUUGUGAAAGGUUUCCAUCCUCUACUGUGGUCCAGAAAAUCAGUGUGUUUGUCUCAAAAAAAUAAAAAAUAAAAAAAAUCUGUUUUGAA